UUUUUUUUUUUUUUUUGUCAAUUCUUGUUUGGAAGCUGUAUGGAUGAGAUAUAUGAUAAGUUGGCGGAACGUCUUGUCCCUACAUCAGCUGCAAUGUUUAGCCCCAAUGUUAAACGUUUGGUCGGUCUGGCUGGUCCUCCUGGUGCGGGUAAAAGCACGUUAGCAUAUGAAGUUGUGAGUCGUAUAAAUAGCUUAUGGCCUCAGAAAGCUGCUUCUUUUGACGCUGAGGUUAUGCCGCCUGAUGUCGCUACAGUGCUUCCCAUGGAUGGGUUCCACUUGUAUCGUUCCCAGCUUGAUGCCAUGGAGGAUCCUAAAGAAGCUCACGCGAGAAGAGGAGCUCCUUGGACUUUUAAUCCUGCACUAUUGCUCAACUGUUUAAAGAAGCUGAGAAACGAGGGCUCAGUCUAUGUGCCAUCAUUCGAUCAUGGAGUUGGAGAUCCAGUUGAAGAUGAUAUCUUUGUUAGCCUCCAGCAUAAAGUGGUGAUUGUUGAGGGAAACUAUUUGCUGUUAGAAGAAGGAACUUGGAAAGACAUCUCUGAUAUGUUUGAUGAGAAGUGGUUCAUUGAUGUCAAUCUGUUCUGGAUGCCCAAAAUAUCCCUUAAAUCUUGUUUGACAGAAUCUUCAAUCCUAUGUCCAAAUUGA